UGGGAGCGCGAGACGGGCGCGUUCGCCUUGCGUUCGAGGGGUUUCGUGAUAUACUUUCAAUUUCGUCGAGCGAGCCCGAGACCGCUUCGUCGUACUCGAGGAGGCGAACGUGCCAGUCAUCGCGCGGCGGAGACGCGAAUUUCGUCGUCGGGUGAAACUUCGCGACGGGAGAAUGCGAUCGAUUUUCGCGGAACGGCUCUAUAUGGCGACGACAGGCCCGCAGUAGAGCCGCGCUUCCUCGGCGCGUCAUCGAUUUUCCGGCGGCAACGGGAGUUGAGUGAGAAGUGAGAACAUAUGCGCGUACGUACGCACGCACCGCGCGAAGCCCCUCGGAAGAGCAGAGUCCAACAUGGCUACCGCCAACGCCGGCACCGUCGAGGCGAGCAACGUGCCGCAGUGGAAGCGCGACUUGAUACAACGUCGCCGCCAGCAGAGCAAGGUCCUCGCGAGCAACGGUGCGAGCGUGAAGCUAUGCAGCGCGGUGAUCGGAACAGCGGACGAGCAUCAGGAGUAUUGCUGCCCGGUCGCCGGUACGUUGCGCGCGAACGACGGCGCGCCGUUGUUAUCCUCCUCUCUCUCUUCGUCGAGGAGGCCGACCGGUGGCGCCAUCGUCGCCGCCGCCGCCGACUCGACAGUCGCGCACAACAUGCGUCUCGAGGCGGACCUGUCGCUCUGCUCGGACGAUGCCUCCGACACGUCGGAGCGCAAACCGUCGGAAUACUCGGAGGAAACGGACGGUAGGAUGAGCGGCGGCGAGAACGUCGGUGAGAACGCGGCGUCGCGCGAAACGACGACGAAGGAGCUGUCCGACAGCGACAGCUCCGAGGAGUUGCAAUACGGGCCGGGGAUCGUGAACAAGCUCAAGAGCAAGUAUCUUAACCUCACUCUGCGCGAGACGAACGGCCGCGCGUCGGUGCAGCGAUUCCGGCGCGCGGCCAGCCUCGAGGACCUGCUGGAUCGCGACGACGACGAGGCGGCGGCGCCCGAGAAGACCGCGAGGAAGUACGCGAAGCGGGACGAGCCCGGGCCGCCGCCCGACAGGUAUCGGAACGCUUCUCGCGGCAACGAGUCGAUGAAACGAGCGCGCAGCGUCGAGACUCUGAUGAGGUACAACACGGCGGACGAGGCGCACCGCUCGAACGGCCUGCACCAGGAGCCGGUCAACGACCACAUCAUCCUCGUGGACCGCACGUCCGUGAAGAUCGAGAACCGGCUCGGCGAGCCCGACCGGCCGAAGCCGAUCAACAAGCCGAAGAGGAUCAGGCCGGUGUUGGCGGAGACCGAACGGCCGCCGCCGGAUCUAGUCAGGACCACGAUGAGGAUCUUCGAGGGCUCGGCGAAGAAGCUCAAGCCCAAGGGCGAAGUGGCCGCGAAGGUCGCGACCUUCAAGACCAUCAAUGACACGUUCAAGGCGAAGAAACCGCCGGUGCAGCCGAAGCCGUUCCUCAACGGCACCGCUCGCUCGAAGAGGAUCGUUUUGCCGCACAAGCCGCCGACGGCCGAGCUGAUCAGCGAGGAGGAGUAUCUGCCGAUCGCGGUCUCUUCGGUGGUGAGCAAGUUCGAGAAGUCGCACUCGCCGUCGCCGUCGCCCGAGCCCUACCAGAAGUUCAAGUUCUCGCCGGCGAACAGUCCGGAACUGUCCAAGUUGGAGAUCGCGGUCAAGUCGCCGCCGGCCACGCCGGUGCUCUCGUCACCCAGACUGCAAAGCCCGCCUUCUCAGAAGCCACCGAGGGAGGCGGAAAGUUCGCCCGAAUUUACAGCGGAACAGCCGCUGCUGUUCGAAUCAUCGGAACGGAAGGACGACGCGACGAGAUUGACGGAGAACGCCGAGGAGGGGAUCGGGCCGAGAACCAUCUCGAAGAAUGCUCUGGACAACAUCGGCAGAGCCGGCACGACGAUGCAGUUCAAUUUUGGCGACAAGCCCACGUCGAACAAGAGUUAUCUGCCGAAGCGAAACGGACAGAAAUUCGCGGACGAACCGUAUUCAGGCGACGUACCGCUGAGUAUCGUGACGACGUCUGCCGACGAAAAGCCGGAGGAAAAGGAGGACGUCGAGGAGAAGCCGAUUGUGCCGGAAAGUAAGCCCAUCGGCGCUAUUUGCAGUUUGGGCCUGAUCAAACCCGUGACGAGCGCGUCGUAUCCACAGAAUAACAACGAGGCGAAGAGAUGUCAGAAGAGUGAUUUCUCGCCACCGCAGAAGCAAAUCGGCAUCAUACGGCCAUUGGUCUCCACCAAGACGCAGCAGCAACAGAAUCUGAGCAAUCGGGAGCUCGAGAAGAAUCUGAUCAACCGGGUCAAGAGCAUCGAGCAGCCGACCAAGGUCGUGGUGAGCCUGAAGAGCGCCGACGAGAUACAACCGGCGAAGAAGACGGCGGCCGGCGGCGGUCUCUGGGACACGAAACCGUGGAAUCAGCAGAACAACACGAUGGUGUUCAACUUCAGCAAUCGAAAGGACGUGCCGGAUUACAUAGAGAAUGACGGCCUCAUCAUCCGGAGGAAACGGGAGAAGCCGAAGGUCGGCGACGGCGGUAUCAUAGUGCUGGACGCGACUUUGGACGCGUCGACGACCGACGAGGCCGAGUGGGAGAUCUCCGGAGGUCCGCCGUCACCCUGCGACGUGUCGUUUCUCAACGACAACGUUCUUAUCAACGGACGCAGCAACCUCUCGCGAACGCCACGAAAUCACAAGCACCGGAUACAGUUCGACGACACGGCGACCCGCACCUUCGAAUACCCCAGCGAAGCGUCGAUCCUCGAAGGCGAAAGCAGCGGUGCGGAAACCUCCGUCGAGCAGCAAUCCACCGCCAGCAACAAUAAAACUUCCUCGACGGCCGGUUCGACGAGCAUACCAUCUCUUCUUGGUGGAAGCGGACUAGCCAGUUACACACCUAGUAAAGUGGACCUGACGUCGGAAGGUUUCGAGUUAGGCGUUACCAGGGCCGUGCCGAUAGUGGUUCCCGCGUCGGCGCCCACGGGGCAAACUACUGAAAACGAAGUGGACUAUCUGAGGCCUGCUCAAGAUGCGGGCGCGUGGGGCUCUGAGACGACCGGGGAUCUUCUUUACUGAAAAGAAGCGUCCUCGCUAACAACGGCUCAACAACGUCCUACCGCGGCAAUAGAACGAAAAGAUCUAGAAGAAAUCCAUAUAAUUGAGGAGUAUUUUUUCUAGCAGCGAUAGAAACUCGAGAAAAAAAGAAUUACAAAUGCGAGACACUAAUAUUAUAUACCGAAGUUUAAUAAUAAAAGAAAACACAUGACGAAUGCUCACAACCGCAUAAAGCAAGUUUUUUUUUUUUUAUACAGUAAGCGAGUCAAGUAUCGCGCUCGUAAUCGGACACCGGUGGACCACAAACAUUUCACUUAUCGCCAACUUGAUGCAUUUAAACGAAGCGAUCCUGUUUUCUUUAAUCGGAAAAAGAAAGAUUAAAAGGCGCGAUCACCGUUUACGAGUGCGUCGUUUCCGAAAACGAGGCGUUUAUUUAGAUAAUUACUAAGUAAGAACUAACAGUAUCAUUCCAACUAUAUGCAUUUACUUUGUCAUUAUGAUAGAUUGAACGAACGGACUUUCCUAGAUAACGAAUCGUCGAAACUGCCAAGACACUUUAGUGCUUCAUCCUUUUCUUCUUGCUUUUGUAAUAGCACGGGGGGGAGAGAGAGAGAGAGAGAGAGAGAGAAAGAGAGAGAGAGAGAGAGAGAGAGAGAGAGAGAGAGAGAGACUCCAGCACUGAUACUCUGUUAUGCGGAGGAUUAAAAAGUAAAGGAGCAUAUCACAUUUUUCUGGCAUACUUUAUAGGAUAGAAAAGUUAGUGAGAGGAUUACAAGUUUUGUAACUUUUUUGAGAUUACUUUAAUGCUAAGCUGUGAAUGAUUCAAGCUGCCAGUAAAAGGCCAGAAUUUUGCGUGAGUUUUGUGGAGGAGGAAUCGCGAGAAUGCGAUUGAAUGUCGUGGAGAUUCAAUCGGUGGCGAGAAAAAGAAGAGAGAAAAAGGUUCAGGAAAUGCAUUCGAGUUUAGAUUUGUAAACGUUUUUGCCAAAGUAGAACAUAAGUCUACUUAGUAAUAUUUAAUGUAUAUGUAUAAUAAGCGGUUCUCUCCGGUUCGGCAAAACUGUGUAAGAAUUGUAAAUUUCAGAACUUCAUCACAUUUGUACCGUGUGUGUGUGUGUGUGCGUGUGUGAGAGAGUGGAUGUGUGUGUGUGUGUGUGUCGUACCACGAGAGUAUGCCUUGCGACGAUCGAACCAUUAUUACAGCGCGUAUCACGCGCACGCACGAUGCGUGUCGAGUUAGCGUUUAGUUUUCAAGGUUCAUGCGUACGUAAAAUCAAUGGCUUUCCGGUGCGUAGGGGAGGCACGUUGAAAACGCGUCGGUUUAAUAUUAUCAUCGUUAAUUUUAAGCGAAUUUUGUAAAUACUAAAUUAUUAUUGUGGAUCUUAAAGCGCGUUGUUGUUUCAAGAUGAUAGAUCAAUGGAGACUUCUCCAGAAAGAAAAGAAAUUAUGUUGCUUUAAGAAAUCGGUUUUUCUCGUAUUUACGUUCCUUUCUUUUGUUUCCUUCGAUUUUUUUCAAUUUCUUUCAUCUACGUAGUAUUUCAAACGGUUACGUCACCACGGAUAUACGAGAAGGGAAAAAUUAUUGUUUCGUGUACGUAUUUAAUAAUGUGCGAUUGCAGCAAUAUGUAGUUAUUAAUAUCAUUACAAUUUUAUCACUUUGACAGUGAACUGAUUCGAGAGAAAAGAAAGUGUGAUGAAAGGAUAAUUUAUUGUAAGAGCGCAUUUAAUGCAAACUGCUCCUGUCGCGCGUAUUAUUGUUUCCUUUUUUCUUGUUAGAUUUUCAAUAUUGUCUAGAGAGAGAGAGAGAGAGAGAGAGAGAGAGAUGCUGUACUAGUUCACUGAGUAUUUUGUGGUGUACCACAUCGAUUAAAAGACUCGUUCGUGUGUCACAGCGUUGUGUCUUACACUGUGAUAUUUUUGAGUUAAUCUCUUUUCUGCUAGUAUACAACAUAAUCACCGAUUUCCCGCGGCAGUAUGCGAGUGGUUAUCGAUACCACUGUUUGUAUCUCGUUACAAUUACGCGAUGUGAGAUUACACUCGUGCGCGGUGUCUCCAAAUUGGAAAAAAAUGUACACCGAGUUUCCAAACAACAACGCCUUUUCUCGAUGCAGAGAACUUUUGGAAAUUAAUCAAAAACGAGUCACCUCCAAUUGCAUCGGGAAAAGUGUACGUAUUUUUUCCACCUUUUAAUUCACCAGACAAUUCGCACGAUUAUGGCAAUAACGUAAUCUCCGAUACAGUGGAGUUCCGCGACAGUUGUGUAAAUUACCGUUGUACAGUGAUCAGUAUCAUGAAGUAAACAAAUAAUAAGUGGAAGCGAUCGUGAGAUGACUAUUAAUAACUGUGAAGCUUGGAUUUAUAUUACUACCUUCUUUAAUAUACCUACCUACCGUUGUAGAAGUAUCGUGUGAUGUAUAAUUUGUGUGUCACGUAAUAAUCGAAGUAAUAAAAAGAAACAAUUUACUCUCA